UAACUUGCACAUGUGAAAUGCACCACCACCUUUUACACUCCAACUCCAAAACUAACCAGAUUCCCUCCCUCUUCUAAUGAAUCCUCUCUUUCUCGAUUCUUGUUCCUUCAUGCAAGGUCUUCAAUACAAUAGAUGUAAUAUGGGGUUGCUGUCAGUGCCUGUUUUUGCACUGUCUUUUUAUGUUCUAUUGAGCUCAGCAACUCUCGCUGCAGCUCAUGGCCAUAUUCCCACAACUCUUGAAGGACCCUUUAAGCCCAGAACUGUCCCUCUUGAUCAGAGCUUCCGCGGACAUGCAAUUGACUUGCCCGAUUCUGAUCCUCGUGUACAGAGGACUGUUCGAGAUUUUGAGCCUGAGCAGAUUUCUGUUUCCCUGUCUUCGACCCAUGACUCUGUUUGGAUUUCUUGGAUUACAGGUGAUUAUCAAAUUGGGGACAAUAUAAAACCUUUAAAUCCUAGUGCUACGGCCAGUGUUGUUCGAUAUGGAAGAUCAAUAUUUCCAUUAACUCAUCAAGCUACUGGUUAUUCUCUUGUCUACAAUCAACUGUAUCCUUUUGAAGGCCUCAAAAACUACACUUCUGGCGUCAUACACCAUGUUCGACUCACGGGGUUGAAACCUAAUACAACAUAUUUUUACCAGUGUGGAGAUCCUUCUAUACCAGCAAUGAGUGAUAUUUAUCACUUCAGGACUAUGCCGGCUUCAGGUCCGAAGAGUUUCCCCGGCAAAAUAGCAAUAGUUGGAGACUUGGGACUCACAUACAAUACAACUUCAACAGUUGAUCACUUGAUUAGCAAUAAUCCUGAUCUAAUUUUAUUGGUUGGAGAUGCUACAUAUGCUAACUUGUAUCUCACCAAUGGAACUGGGGCGGAUUGCUACAAAUGUGCUUUUCCACAAACUCCCAUUCACGAAACCUAUCAGCCUCGGUGGGACUAUUGGGGAAGGUACAUGCAGCCUUUGAUUUCUAGAAUUCCCAUUAUGGUGGUAGAAGGAAACCAUGAGAUAGAACAGCAAGCUCAGAAUCAAACAUUUGCGGCUUAUAGUUCUCGAUUUGCAUUCCCAUCAAAAGAGAGUGGAUCACCAUCCACAUUCUAUUAUUCUUUUAAUGCAGGAGGGAUACAUUUUGUAAUGCUGGGUGCCUACAUUUCCUAUAACAAAUCAGGGGAUCAGUACAAGUGGCUGGAGAGAGAUCUAGCUAAUGUUGACAGAGAAGUUACACCAUGGCUGGUGGCUACAUGGCAUCCUCCCUGGUAUAGCACUUAUAAGGCACAUUACAGAGAAGCAGAAUGUAUGAGGGUAGCAAUGGAAGAACUGCUUUAUAAAUAUGGCGUGGAUAUGGUCUUCAAUGGACAUGUACAUGCCUAUGAAAGGUCUAACCGAGUGUACAACUACACUUUGGAUCCUUGUGGCCCUGUCCAUAUCAUAGUUGGCGAUGGUGGAAAUCGAGAGAAGAUGGCAAUAACACAUGCUGAUGAACCUGGUAACUGUCCGGAUCCAUCUACCACGCCGGAUGAAUUCAUGGGCGGUUUCUGUGCAUUCAAUUUUACAUCAGGACCAGCAGCAGGAAAAUUCUGCUGGGAUAGGCAACCAGAUUAUAGUGCAUAUAGAGAAAGUAGCUUUGGUCAUGGGAUUUUGGAGGUGAAAAAUGAGACUCAUGCCCUGUGGACUUGGCACCGGAACCAGGACUUAUAUAGCUCUGCUGGAGAUCAGAUUUACAUAGUAAGGCAGCAGGAAAGGUGUCCUGUUAAACCAAAGGAAAACUGUGAAAGGCGUAAUUAUUAGUUUAAAGCAACAAAUACAAGAAGGAUUCAACAAGAAGGAAAACAAAAGAACCCAAAAGAAAAUAAAAGUGCAAUCCGUAAUCACUUGAAGGUCAAGUAACAGGGAAAUUUAAUCCUUGCUGCAAAAUUGUUGAAUAAUUAUGGAAAUAUCAAUUUGAGGUACCAUUUAUUGGAAACCCAUGUCAACUUUUUCCUUAACAGUUAUUGGAAUAAUGGCGAAUAUAGUCAUGUAUGUUGUAUAA